AUGGCGGCGGCGGCGGCGGCGGCAGCGCCGGUGGGUGUCAGGCUCCGGGACUGCUGCAGUCAGGGCGCCGUCCUCCUGCUCUUCUUCUCUCUGUCACCCCGACCUCCGGCCACGGACGCCUGGCUACUCGGACUGCGGCCCGAGGACACCGCAGGAGGCCGCGUGUCCCUGGAGGGGGGCACCCUGCGCGCGGCUGAAGGCACCAGUUUCCUCCUGCGCGUCUAUUUCCAGCCCGGGCCCACGGCACCCUCGGCGCGGGUCCCUUCGCCCACCCUCUCCUCGGGGGAAAACGGCACCGGCGACUGGGCUCCGCGGCUCGUGUUUAUCGAGGAGCCUCCAGGCGGGAGCAGCGUGCCGCCCAGCGCAAUUCCCACGCGCCCCCCUGGGCCGCAGCGCUGCCGAGAGCAGAGCGACUGGGCUUCGGACGUGGAGGUCCUGGGGCCCCUGCGGCCCGGGGGCGUGGCGGGCUCGGCCCUAGUCCAGGUGCGGGUGCGGGAGCUGCGCAAAGGGGAAGCGGAGCAGGGCAGCGCGGGCGGUGGCGGGAAGCUCUUCUCGCUGUGCGCCUGGGACGGGCGCGCUUGGCACCACCACGGCGCCGCCGGCGGCUUCCUGCUGCGCGUCCGGCCGCGGCUCUACGGCCGGGUCGGCGACCUGCUGACCCCCGCCUGGCUGCGGGCACUCGGGGCCCUCCUGCUGCUCGCCUUGUCUGCCCUGUUCAGCGGCCUGCGCCUCAGUCUGCUCUCGCUGGACCCGGUGGAGUUACGGGUGCUGCGGAACAGCGGCUCGGCCACCGAGCAGGAGCAGGCACGGCGCGUGCAGGCGGUGCGCGGCAGGGGGACCCAUCUACUCUGCACCCUGCUCCUGGGCCAAGCCGGAGCCAACGCAGCCCUGGCCGGCUGGCUGUACGCCUCGCUGCCUCCGGGCGUCGGAGGUACGGGGGAAGACUACUACAGCGAGGCCGGGAUUCACUUCCCGUGGCUGCCGGCGCUCGUGUGCACCGGCGCGGUGUUCCUGGGCUCCGAGAUCUGUCCCUACUCGGUGUGUUCCCGACAUGGGCUGGCCAUUGCCUCGCACAGCGUGUGCCUGACCAGGCUCCUGAUGGCUGCUGCCUUCCCAGUGUGCUACCCGCUGGGCCGCCUGCUGGACUGGGCGCUGCGCCAGGAGAUCAGCACCUUCUACACGCGGGAGAAACUGCUGGAGACGCUGCGGGCUGCAGACCCCUACAACGACCUAGUGAAGGAGGAGCUCAACAUCAUCCAGGGCGCCCUAGAACUUCGCACCAAGGUGGUGGAGGAGGUGUUGACCCCUCUCGGAGACUGCUUUAUGCUUUGCUCGGACGCUGUGCUUGACUUCGCCACGGUGUCCGAGAUCCUGCGCAGCGGCUACACGCGCAUCCCUGUGUAUGAAGGCGACCAGCGACACAACAUUGUGGACAUUCUAUUUGUCAAAGAUCUGGCCUUCGUGGACCCGGACGACUGCACUCCACUUCUCACUGUCACCCGCUUCUACAACCGGCCCCUACACUGCGUCUUCAAUGAUACCCGGCUGGACACGGUCCUGGAGGAGUUCAAGAAGGGAAAAUCACACCUGGCCAUUGUCCAGCGAGUGAAUAAUGAGGGCGAAGGGGACCCUUUCUAUGAGGUGAUGGGCAUUGUCACACUGGAGGACAUCAUAGAGGAGAUCAUCAAAUCAGAAAUCCUGGAUGAAACUGACCUCUACACUGACAAUCGGAAAAAGCAGAGAGUCCCGCACCGGGAAAGGAAGCGGCAGGACUUCUCCUUGUUCAAGCUCUCCGACUCCGAGAUGAAGGUGAAAAUCUCACCACAGCUCCUGCUGGCCACACACCGCUUCAUGGCCACAGAAGUGGAGCCCUUUAAGUCACUCUACCUUUCGGAGAAGAUCCUGCUCCGGCUCCUGAAACACCCCCACGUGAUCCAGGAGCUGAAAUUUGACGAGAAGAACAAGAAGGCCCCGGAGCACUACCUCUACCAGCGCAACCGCCCUGUGGACUACUUCGUGCUGCUUCUACAGGGUAAAGUGGAGGUGGAGGUUGGUAAGGAGGGCCUUCGCUUCGAGAAUGGAGCCUUCACCUACUACGGUGUCCCUGCCAUUAUGACCACUGCUUGCUCAGAUACUGAUGUGCGGAAAGUUGGAAGUCUGGCGGGAUCCUCUGCCUUUCUAAACAGAUCCCCUUCUCGCUGCAGCGGACUGAAUCGCUGUGAGUCUCCGAACCGCGAGCGCAGUGACUUUGGAGGGAGUAACACCCAGCUGUACAGCGGCAGCAACAACCUCUACACGCCCGACUACUCGGUCCACAUCCUCAGUGAUGUGCAGUUUGUGAAGAUCACAAGGCAGCAGUACCAGAACGCACUCACCGCCUGUCACAUGGACAGCUCGCCCCAGUCCCCUGACAUGGAGGCCUUUGCUGUCGAGGACUCCACCAAGGCCCCAUUGACCCGAGGCACACCCCAGACUCCCAAGGAUGAGCCUGCCAUCACUCUCCUGAAUGACAGGCACAGCCUGACGUGCAGCCGCUCGGACGGGCUGAGAAGCCCCAGUGAGGUUGUGUACCUGCGGAUGGAGGAGAUAGCCUUCAGCCAGGAAGAGAUGGCUGCCUUCGAGGAGCAUGGAGCACAGCGGCUCUCACUGUCUCCUGCAGCUGGGCCAGCAGAAGCAGCAUCAGAUAGUGAAUGUUGUAAUGUCAACAUGGACACAGAGACCAGUCCCUGCAGUAGUGACACUGAAGACAAUAUGGGCAAGAAGCUGCUGAGAACCUUGAGUGGUCGAAAAAAGAAGAGGUCACCCGAUGGAGAAAGAACCACUGAAGAGAGCUCCAAUUUAACACCUCUGAUCACUUGAUGGGCAGAGACAAUGUUCGCUGGGUGUGUGAGAUUCCAGAGCUUUGGGGGAGAACCCACCCUCUCAUCACCUGCUUC